UUGGGUGUAUAUUUUGAGAGGACACGUCACAAUUGGACAUGUCACAAGGAUUUGUGACUAAGUCUCAGAAAGACUGUGGACUAACUCAUGACCAGGCAGUUCAAGCUGGAAUACUGAUCAGAGUGGGGACAUGUACAUACUGUGACGAGACAACAUGGCUUCGAUGAAAUCCGAAAUUGAGGACAAGAUUCUGACAUGCCCUUUGUGUCUGAACGUGCUGACCGAUCCAAAAUGUCUGCCGUGUAUCCAUACCUUCUGCCUGGAGUGUUUGAAGAUGCACGUGCAGCAUACCUCACAGAGGGGCAUGUUCCUGUGUCCGGAAUGCCGGGAAACCGUCUGGAUGAAACAAGGAGGCGUCGAGGAAUUCAGGACGAAUUUCUUCAUCAACCGCCUGAAAGACAUGAAAUUCAACAUGGCGCCCACGGAAGUAGAAUUACCGUGUCGCUUACACCCUUCCAAAAGCAUGUCGCUCUUCUGUGACGAGUGUAACGUCUGCGUCUGCGCAGACUGUAUCGUGCAGAAACACAAAGGUCAUCCAUGCUCGUCUUUUGCGGAUGCGAGGACUGAUCGCGAGAAAACCCUGAAGAACAGGCUGAACGACCUUGAACUCGCUACCAAUGCUGCCAAAGACAGCCUGCAAGGCCAGACGGCGAAAAUAGACGCCGUACGUAAACGUCAAUCUGAUGGCAGUGACAAUGUUAAAGCAGCAGUGCAGCGAUUAGUGGAGGAAAUACAAAAUGCUGCAAGCGCCACCAUACGCAACUUAGGGGAGAUAACUGAACCAGUUUUAGAUCAGCAUAUUCAUUAUUUGGAUGAGCUGAAGACUCACACCGAACAGCUGGAAUCUGAUAUGGCAAAGAUGCACCUGGCCGUAAAGAAGUCUUCUGACGCUGAAAUGUUGGAUGCUUACAAAGACACGGUGGACAGAGUGACGAAUAUUUGCAUGAUGAAUUACGGCAGCAAAGAGGAAAACCUGCAGAAAUCGGUGGCGCAUUUGAAACAUUCUUACAACGAAGUUUACGGCAAGUUUUCCACAGAGUGCAAAAAUCUCAUCAAACAGAUGCACAAAGACCUCACGGAGGAAAACCCCGGAACAAAACUUGAACAAAGGAAUUCCAAAAAGAGACUCAGCUUUAAAGGGAAGGGAAAGACUCCGGCGUCGGAGGCUGCAAAAACACCACCAAAACUUGGCAAAAAGUCACGUGACAUAGGGCGACCAUCCACAGAUCAGUUUCCCAUAACUGGCUUGUGCGUUCAUGCAAAGAGCGGGAAUAUAUUCUGCUGUAUAGGAGACAAAGCUUAUAAAUACGGGGGUUUAAUUCGUAAAUGGAAGGACAUACACUCGAGGUUGAAAAUCGGGAAUGAGGCUGUGUGCGAUGUACAUGAGCAUGGAGAGUUUGUCGUGUUCUCCGUGCGCUCUGAGGGCGUUACGGCAAAGUGCAAAGUAGUUCGCUUCAAUCCCGAAUCCUCGGCAGCAGAAGUCAUUCAGUUGGACUUCUCGUCGAAUCCUCCCGGUCUAUGCGUAUGUAAAGACAAAACACUACUGGUCACAGAUUUAACGCUUGGACUUAUUCGCCGCGUAUCUUGGGACGGUGAGCGGAUUGAUUCUUUGGGCGGAAGAACAAUGCGGAAGCCGUGGUACGUCACUCAAACGUCCAGUGGAAAUAUUGUGGCUUGUGAUAAUAUGGGGAAAAGCGACGUUUUCCUGUUGGGCGCAGAUGGUACGUUCUUAAAGUCUCUGAAAAACGAGACAGAGGCCCAAAGCGCAGAAUAUGGUAUAAGUGAUCCAUACUCAGUCCGAGUUGACCGUUAUGAUCGAAUAUACGUUGCGUGCUGCUGGUCAAACAGCGUUCUGGUUUUCUCAGACAAGGGGGACUAUCUCAGCGCCCUCAUCACGCCUGACCACCACAUCACGCAUCCAGUAUCACUACACCUUACGGACGACAAAAUAUACAUCGGCCACAAGGACGGCGUCUCCUCCUUUUCAAUCUCGUAAAAUGGCGGUGUGAUUUCUGAGAAUUUGCCGGUUUCAAACACAGAGUGGCCUCCUCUUGUGGCAGGACUUGUUCGGUGUAACGACGGAAAAAGACAUUUUGUGCAGCUGUGAAUGGAUCUGUAUUGGCUUUCAGUGAAAUGUAUUUUUGACUAAAAAUUCUAAUUCUAAGCCUAAAUGGAUGAUAUAAAGAGCAGAUUUGAAGAAACUUUGAGAAAUGUGACUGUGGUGGCUCUAUGUGGAAAAUGAGCAAUCGACAUAGUGGGUAAGCGGCUGUUCAUUGUUGUCGCAGUGGUUGCGCAAAUUUGAGGAACUGACGGAAAGUUGUUGGUUGACUUACCCAUUUCAGGAUGUUUUUGUACGCUACUAAAUAAGAUUCUUGCAAACGCAAAUUUGUUUUCAAAAGGUGUACUUUUUGAAGACUAUGCAGUCAUCAUUUUGCAUCCAGAGCUAUGGUGUGUUUCCUCUCUAAAUGGCAUGAGAGCUCGUGUCACAUAGUAACAUAAACACUUUACCUAGGGCGAAACUCUGUUUUUGAUUUCGCCGCUUUUCUGCAUUAUUUUCGGACACUACCGAAAACAAAAACAAUCUUGGCAACCAGACGUUGGCGUGGUACUAGCCCAGAAGCUGACAAAUAGCUUUCGUUUAUGGGGUAUACAUUUAGCUUUGAUUACGCUCGUUUCAUGACAUUUGGUCCACUUUAACUUCCGCAAUUCUUUAGUUGUUAUUAGCAAGAGGGGAAAAUAGCAUCUGUGAGAAUCAGGACACUUAUAUACCGCUCUCACCAAUGAUGUUGUUGUGAGUUUAAGUCCGUGUACGUGGGAAGGCCUGGAGGCAACCUGCGAAUGGUCUUUGGUUUUCCCUGGGCACUGCCCGGUUUCCUCCUACCAUGCUGAUAGCCGCCGCCGUAUAAGUGAAAUGUUCUUGAGUACGGCAUAAACACGAAUCAGAGUAAAUAAAUAAAGUUAUAUAUCGACCCAGACAAUAUUAAAAAUAUAUUGCUCAGUUUUUCUUCAAAUUCUAUUUUAUCCAAGUUUAUCAAACACUUACUGGAUGACGGAUGUCCCAAAGCUUUGUGUGACAUAUGUACCAUUGACGAUUCGCUUCCAUUUUAAACGCAAAAGAUAAUUAAUGUCGCAAUGUCAACAGUCAAAUACAUAUGCCGAAUUUCAGUAUGCUUGACACCAUGUCAGAAUGACUUUCUAAUAAGAAUUACUUUGAUAGAUAAGAUUAAUAUAAUUAGACAUCAACUAAGUCAGCCCGUUAUAAAUCGUCACUUCGAUUGACAGACUUUACUGAGAACCACAUAUAUUUGCAAUCAUGUAGGUAAGUAACUGAAUAAAAAUAUAAAAGAAUAUAUUGUCUCAAAACCAGCCGUUGAAUGUUGAAGUUCAAAUCCAGCUCACGACAAUCGUGCUGAAGCUUUGUAAAGUAUACAUACGUUGAGAAAU